AGAGUUUCCCUGAGUUGUGAGUCAAAGCUGCCUAAAGCAGCCGCGCAUCUCCCUCCCUGCAGGGCGUGGGCCUGGGAUUCUGUGUAACUAUACUAAGCAUUGUGUGUGUUACGCUGAACACUGGAAGCCAUGGCACCAUCUACCCCAGGCCCGGUUCAGAUCGUCCUGGUACAUAAAGAGGAGCAUUCCUUUGAGCUUGACGAGGAGGCUCUGGCAUCUGUGCUUCUUCAGGAUCACAUAAGAGAUUUAGAUGUUGUGGUCGUAUGUGUCGCUGGUGCUUUCCGGAAAGGGAAGUCCUUCCUGCUGGACUUUAUGUUAAGAUACGUUUACAGCCAGAAUGAAGGGGGAAAAGACAACUGGUUGGGAGAAGACGGGCAGGAGCUUACUGGCUUUUCCUGGAAAGGAGGGUCAGAGCCAGACACCACCGGCAUCCAGAUGUGGAGUGAGGUUUUCACCAUGACUAAACCAGACGGCAAACAAGUGGCUGUUGUUCUCAUGGAUACACAAGGAGCAUUUGACAGCCAAUCAACUGUAAAGGACUGUGCCACCAUCUUUGCUUUGAGCACCAUGACCAGCUCUAUCCAAAUCUAUAACCUGUCUCAGAAUAUUCAAGAAGAUGAUCUUCAGCAGUUGCAGCUUUUCACAGAAUACGGACGUUUAGCUAUGGACGAAAUCUUCCUCAAGCCUUUCCAGACCCUGAUGUUUCUGGUUAGAGACUGGAGCUUCCCGUAUGAAUAUCCUUAUGGUGAAGAAGGUGGGAUGAAAUUCCUAGAGAAGAAGCUUAAGGUGAAAGAACAGCAACACGAGGAAAUUCAGAACGUACGGAAACACAUUCACUCCUGUUUCACCAACGUGAGCUGCUUUCUGCUGCCACACCCUGGUCUCAAAGUGGCCACUAGCCCUCAGUUUAAAGGUCAUCUUAAAGAUAUAGCUCCAGAGUUUAAAGAAAUGCUCCAUACUUUUGUCCCCCUUGUUCUGGAUUCCUCAAGACUUGUGGAGAAAGAAAUCAAUGGUUCAAAGGUGACAUGCCGGGGAUUGUUGGAAUAUUUUAAGGCGUACAUUAAAAUUUAUCAAGGCGAAGAUUUACCUCAUCCAAAGUCCAUGCUGCAGGCAACGGCAGAAGCUAACAAUCUGGCGGCUGUAGCGUCAGCUAAAGAUUUAUACAACAACACCAUGGAGCAGGUACUACAAUUGUUUGUUUUCUUUCCUUGUUACCCACGUGCUAAAUCACGUUAA